UUAAUGGUGCAUAUCCCACCUACCCCUCUUAUCUUUUAGGUCAUAUUUAAAGCUAAGAGUGAACUGAAUAGCAAAAACAGAGAGAAAGAGAGACAGUGGUAGUGAAAAUGGAUAGAGAAACACAAUUAGUUGAUGAGAAACCAAGAAAGGGUGGUCUUAGGACCAUGCCUUUCAUCAUUGUGAAUGAAUCAUUUGAAAGGGUAGCAAGUUAUGGUUUACAAACAAAUAUGAUAAUCUACUUGAUGACGUAUUAUCACAUGACUGCUGCUGGUGGAACUAGCAUUCUUGGAAUUUGGACUGCACUUUCAAAUGGGUUGGCCAUUGUUGGGGCAAUUAUUUCUGAUUCUUACUUGGGUCGGUUCAAGGCUGUUGCAGUUGGAUCCUUUUCUACCCUUAUUGGAAUGAUUAUUCUUUGGCUCACAACCAUGAUUCCACAACUCACGUCCUUACCCUGCUCUCACUUCCAACAUGUUUGUAAUGGACCAACAGCAUUCCAGCUUGCUGUUCUAUUUUCAUCUUUUGUGUUUAUGUCCAUCGGAGCUGGUUUUAUUAGACCUUGUUCUAUAAUAUUUGGUGCCGAUCAAUUGGAAAAAAAAGGGAACCCUGAGAACAAGAGACUUGUUGAUAGCUAUUUCAACUGGUACUAUGCUAGCAUAGGGAUUUCAACUAUUCUUGCAGUUACCACUAUCGUUUAUAUUCAAGAUCGUUAUGGUUGGCAAGUUGGCUUUGGCAUCCCUGUUAUACUCAUGUUUUUGUCUGUCUCAAUGUUCCUAAUUGGUUCUCCUCUGUAUAUCAAAGUGAAAGCUAAAGAAAGCUUGUUCAUAGGAUUGUUUCAAGCAGUUGUAGCAGCUUUUAGGAAAAGAAAUACCCGUCUUCCAUUGACUGAUUGUGAUGACUUCUAUCAUUGGCCACUUGAAUCAGAGGUGUUGACGCCAUCAAAUGACUUCAGGUGUUUAAAUAGAGCUUGCAUGAUUCAAGAUCCUCAAAGAGAUUUGAAUGCUGAUGGAUCAGCUUCAAAUCCAUGGAAUCUCUGUAGUUUGGAACAAGUUGAAUCACUGAAGGCUCUUAUUAGAGUACUUCCUAUGUGGUCCACUGGUUUUAUGAUCUAUGUGACCAUAAAUCAAUUCUCAUUUUCCGUACUUCAAACAAAGACCAUGGAUAGACAUGUCAUCCCUCAACUCGAAUUACCAGCAGCAUCAUUCAGUGUUUUCUUGAUUAUUGCUUUGACAAUCUGGGUUACUUUCUAUGACCGUGUUUUGGUCCCUUUGCUAUCAAAAUAUACUGGACGGCCAAGAGGGCUAAGUCAUGUCACCCGAAUGGGGAUUGGUUUAAUGGUCUCUUGUAUAUCUAUGGCAUUGUCAGCAAUAACAGAAAGCAUUAGACGACAAAGGGCAAUAGAGGAAGGACAUGAGGACGACCCAAGUGCUUUAGUGAACAUGUCUGCUAUGUGGCUCGUGCCACAGUAUGCACUACUCGGAGUGGCCGAGGCUGCCCAUGCAGUUGGACAGAUUGAGUUCUUCUAUGCUCUAUUUCCCAAAAGCAUGUCCAGCAUUGCGUCAGCUAUGUACACUAUUGGGACUGCUGUGUCGAGUUUGGUUGGAAGCUUUCUGGUGAGUGGUGUGGAUUGGCUUUCAUCAACAGGAGGUAAAACAAGCUGGCUUUCUAGCAACAUUAACAGGGGUCACCUGGAUUACUAUUUCUGGCUACUAACAUUUUUGAGUUUGCUCAACUUCUUUUAUUUUCUGUUCGUCUGCCGGUUUUAUGAACCUGGCAAUGAUGGGAGCAGUAGGUCACCUCAUGAGAAAGAAUGUGAUUAUAGGCUUUUACCUGAAUCUUGAUGACAUGUUGUUAGUGCAUUGUUGAAUGAUGCAACUAUUACUUAUCAAGUUAGCCAAUAAAGUGUUUUUAUAUGUUUAGACCUCUA